UGUUUUUUUUUCCUGGAGCGCUCAGUGUUUCUAGAUUUUUCGUAUAAUGCAUGAGCGGACUCUAGUGACUGAAUUAAGAACGCUUAUCAGUCUUUAUAUAUCCUCGGUCAACGUCUUCGGUUUCUCUGACAAACUGAAUAGCGAUUUAUCAACGUCUAUACGAGAAUAGCCGGUCAGUGGCAUAUUUUGCAGUAGUAACCUUUUCAACUAGACAUAUCGACUGCAGUAUUUUGUGCUUUCUUAUAUGACGCAUUGGGUGGCUUUGACCCACUUCUUAACUUCCUACGCUCCAAAGUUUCGACUGCCGGUAGCGGCCGGUGGUCUAUUCACUGAACACGAUACCUACGUAGAGUUCAGUGUUUCUACGGUAUCCUAUCAUUGACUGCUUGUCUCACGCUUGCCCGAUGCAAAUGUGGUGCUACAUGGUGUGAUAAUGUCAAUACUGAAAAUACCUUGGAUGCAGCGUUGCGGUUUUAAAAAUGACCUGCACAAGCUUGGAGACUUCUUGUCACAAUACGUGAAAAAUGAGAGUAAAAUAAUGCCACCCGGUAUUCGAAGGUUAAGUUACACCAGAGUAACUUACGCACUACCACCAAAUAGUGUAAUGAAUGUUUUCAACCGUGAUCAUAAAUUAAUGCAAAGGGAACGUGCAGCUCGGGCCGAAGAUGUCGAGUUAUAUGACUAUGUAAAAGAUGAGGUUGGUUACAGAUUGUCAGACAGAAUCUUUGACAUCAAACGCAGAUUUAAAAAAGCCCUCGAUUUAGGUUGCGGUCGGGGCCAUGUAUCAAAACACAUCCUCAGCGACAGCGUGGAGGAAUUAAUUCUGGCUGACAUGUGCCCCACUUGGUUAAACCAGGCUCAAACGACCGAAGGUGUCAAAGUCGAAAAAAAGAUUGUCGAUGAAGAAAAUAUGCCUUUCGACCCUGAUAGUUUAGACCUAGUUAUAAGCUGUCUUAGUCUACAUUGGGUCAAUGAUCUUCCAGGAUGCUUUAGUCAAAUAAUACGCAGCUUAAGAAACGACGGUGUAUUUAUGGCUGCUGUUUUUGGUGGCGAUACUCUUUACGAGCUGAGGUCUUCAUUACAAUUAGCAGAAUUAGAACGAGAGGGUGGCAUAUCGCCUCACAUCUCACCAUUCACCGAGAUCAGAGACAUAGGCAGCUUAUUAAAUAGAGCAGGAUUCACCAUGUUGACCGUUGACACUGAUGAAAUAGUUGUCGGUUUUCCUACCAUGUACGAAUUAUUGUGGGACUUGAAAGGAAUGGGAGAGAAUAAUGCAGCCCGAAAUCGUAAACUUCAUUUGAAACGGGAUACGACACUAGCAGCAGCAUCAAUUUAUGAAGAAUUUUAUGGGAAAUUGAAUGAGAAAGAUGGGUCGAAGUAUAUACCAGCCACAUUUCAAAUAAUCUAUAUGCUUGGAUGGAAGCCUGAUGUUUCUCAGCCAAAACCAUUGAACAGAGGAACAGGCGAGGUAUCUCUUAAGAAUUUGCACCGUCUUGAUCAAAUAAUUAAAGAAACUAAGAAAGUCAAACUUAGUGAUGAAGACAAAUAACUACCUUACAAAUUCUAUUUAUUGUACGUAGGAAUAUAAAUAAUGUAUAAAACAAACACAAAUCUUUCUGUUUACAUUUAACGUAUUUUUCGAUUUAGACUGAUAGUCUUUGAAAAAAUUUGCUAAUCGGCAACCUGUGAAAGUACAAGGUAAUACACUCAUAUUUUUUGAGGCUUAAAUAACGAACAAUAUAUGCAAUAGAUUUGCUGUAUUUGCUCAAGCAGGAUUUUCCUCUAUAAGUUUAUGUUUACUUGUCAAUAA